UCAGCGGACAUUCAUGGCAACCACGAUGGAAAAAAACCGCAUCAGUUUGCAUGUUUAGAUGUUUAAAGCAUCUUGGAUAACAUUCUUCGAAAUAACUAGUAUGGUUUUCAGUAACAGAUUUGAGUAAUAUUGUGCGUGGGUAUUUCUGGACCCGGACUUUCUCCCCUCGUCUACAGCACUUGGUUUCGUCCACACUUGGUUGGUGAAUUUGGUUCAGCGUGUAUGGCAUCGCAUUCAUUCAACUGAACGCGAAAGUGCACCGGUCCACGCCACCGUCUGCUGUCAAUGGCUUUCCGGGCUUGUUUUAUUUGAAUAUCAGGAUUUUUUUUUUUUUAAACAAAUUCGCCCUGAAAACCAAUAAUGGAUAUCCUAUGGAUUUUAUGGAUACUACCCACCGCACUGGCUCUUGAAGAAACCUUAAUGGAUUCCACGACAGCAACAGCUGAGCUGGGAUGGACGGUAUUUCCUGUAUCGGGCACCAGUGAGAACAGUUGGGAAGAGGUCAGCGGGUACGACGAGAACAUGAACACUAUUCGCACCUACCAAGUGUGCAAUGUCUUUGAUGCUAACCAGAACAACUGGGUUCGCACCAAGUACAUCCACCGGCGAGGAGCUCAGCGCAUCCAUGUGGAGAUGAAGUUCUCAGUGCGGGACUGUAGCAGCAUCCCCCGGGUACCAGGCUCCUGCAAGGAGACCUUCAACCUGUACUACUAUGAAUCGGAUGGAGACACUGCCUCCAAAGUGUACCCUCCGUGGAUGGAGAACCCAUGGAUCAAGGUGGACACCAUUGCUGCUGAUGAAAGCUUCUCACAGGUGGACUUGGGCGGACGCGUGAUGAAGAUCAACACAGAGGUGCGCAGCUUCGGGCCCGUCUCACGUAAUGGUUUCUACUUGGCCUUCCAGGAUUACGGCGGCUGCAUGUCACUCAUCGCCGUCCGCGUCUUCUACCGUAAAUGCCCACGGGUCAUCAGGAAUGGCGCCAUUUUCCAAGAGACUCUUUCAGGGGCUGAAAGUACUUCCCUGGUAGCAGCAAGGGGAGUGUGCAUCCCCAAUGCAGAGGAAGUUGAUGUACCUAUCAAACUCUACUGUAAUGGAGAUGGCGAGUGGAUGGUGCCCAUCGGUCGGUGCAUGUGUAAGGCUGGCCAUGAACCUGUGGACAAUGGCACUGUUUGUCGAGCAUGCCAGUCGGGUUUCUUCAAGCCAGCGCAGGGCGACGAGGCGUGUCUGCCAUGUCCCAUCAACAGCCGCACCACCAAUGACGGUGCUACCAACUGCGUGUGCCGCAACAACUACUACCGCACCGACUCGGACCCCAUCCAGAUGCCCUGCACAACUGUACCAUCGGCGCCGCUGAACGUGAUCUCCAAUGUGAACGAGACAUCACUGAGACUGGAAUGGAGUCCUCCGCGUGAGAGUGGCGGGCGCGGUGAUGUCGUUUACAAUGUGAUCUGUAAGAGCUGCGGUGGCAGAGGCUGUACACGAUGCGGAGACAACGUUCAGUUCACACCACGCCAGCUGGGCCUCACCAACACAUGGGUCUACAUCAGUGACCUGCUAGCUCACACACAGUACACUUUUGAAGUGCAGGCUGUCAAUGGAGUUUCAGACCAGAGCCCACACUCACCCCAGUACGUGUCUGUCAACAUAACAACCAACCAGGCUGCUCCGUCCACGGUUUCUAUAAUUCACCAGGUUAGCCGUACCGUGGAUAGCAUCACUCUGUCCUGGUCGCAACCGGAUCAACCCAACGGAGUCAUUCUAGACUACGAGCUGCAGUACUACGAGAAGGAUCAGACCGAGCAUAACUCCUCCAUUGUGAGGAGUCAGACCAACACAGCCAUCAUCCGCGGCCUCAAGCCAGGAGGAAUUUACGUGUUCCAAGUGCGGGCACGUACCGUGGCCGGGUUCGGACGAUACAGUGGGAAGAUGUACUUCCAGACCAUGACAGAGGAGGAAUACAACACCAGCAUACAGGAGAAACUGCCUCUCAUCAUUGGUUCAGCAGCUGCUGGGCUAGUCUUCCUCAUUGCUCUGGUGGUCAUCAUCAUUGUGUGUAACCGGCGUGGCUUUGAGAGAGCAGAUUCAGAAUACACAGACAAGCUGCAGCACUACACCAGCGGCCACAUGUCACCAGGAAUGAAGAUCUACAUUGAUCCGUUUACCUAUGAAGAUCCCAAUGAAGCAGUAAGAGAGUUUGCCAAAGAAAUUGACAUCUCAUGUGUGAAGAUUGAGCAGGUCAUCGGAGCAGGUGAGUUUGGGGAGGUGUGCAGUGGCAACCUGAAGCUCCCAGGAAAGAGGGAGAUGUUUGUCGCCAUUAAGACUCUGAAGUCGGGCUACACCGAGAAGCAGAGGCGGGACUUUCUGAGCGAGGCCAGCAUCAUGGGACAAUUUGACCACCCUAAUGUCAUACAUCUGGAAGGAGUGGUGACCAAAAGCAGCCCCGUGAUGAUCAUCACUGAGUUUAUGGAGAACGGCUCACUGGACUCUUUCCUUAGGCAAAACGAUGGGCAGUUCACUGUGAUCCAGCUCGUAGGCAUGCUCCGUGGUAUUGCCUCGGGAAUGAAGUAUCUCGCUGAUAUGAAUUACGUGCACCGUGACCUGGCAGCCCGGAACAUCCUGGUUAACAGCAACCUGGUGUGCAAGGUGUCAGACUUUGGGCUCUCACGCUUCCUGGAGGAUGACACAUCUGACCCCACCUACACCAGUGCUCUGGGUGGGAAAAUCCCCAUCCGCUGGACUGCACCAGAAGCCAUCCAGUACAGGAAAUUCACCUCAGCCAGUGACGUAUGGAGUUACGGCAUCGUCAUGUGGGAGGUGAUGUCCUACGGAGAGAGGCCAUACUGGGACAUGACCAAUCAGGAUGUGAUCAAUGCUAUUGAGCAGGAUUACAGGCUACCUCCACCUAUGGACUGCCCCAGUGCCCUGCACCAGCUCAUGCUCGAUUGCUGGCAGAAGGACCGCAAUAAUCGUCCCAAAUUCAGCCAGAUUGUUAACAAUCUGGACAAGAUGAUCCGUAACCCCAACAUGCUGAAGGCCAUGACACCUCUUUCUUCAGGUGUGCACUUGCCCUUGCUGGACCGCAGCAUGCCGGACUUCUCUAGCUUCAGAAACGUGGAUGACUGGCUGGAUGCUAUCAAGAUGGGCCAGUACAAGGACAACUUCGCCAAUGCUGACUUCACCAGCUUCGAUCUGGUCUCACAGAUGACAAUGGAGGACAUCCUCAGGGUUGGCGUGACUCUAGCCGGUCACCAAAAGAAGAUCCUCAACAGCGUGCAGAUGAUGAGGGCGCAAAUGAACCAGAUCCAGUCGGUGGAGGUUUGACCUCCAGGCCUGAUCCUGCACACGGAGGCAGGAUGGACAAGUGGACAGAUGGUGGUGGAUGUGUGCUGAGCCUGAUUUUUCCCUCUAGGCCACCAUGUUUUCCAAUGGAAUCUCCUCUGGUCCUCUCUUCCUAAUCCUGCCCUCCAUGUUCUCCCCAUUCCCCUACAAACCUCCCAGCCAGCCGUUUGUGCUCACACUGCGAAAGUGUCGUCCCAGAGAAACACUUCUGCCCCAUCCAUCAGUUCUCACGACUGCCAAAAUCUAGCAAGGAGGAAUAUUCACCAACCAAGAGCAUGCUCAUCUUCUUGUGCUUACUUCCUUGCGAUUAUUCAUUUGUUUUCUUUCUUUCUUUUUUUUGUCAUCUACGUUUUUAAUGAUUUUUCUAAAGAUUUUUUUAAAGGCAAAAAAAAAAAGAGCUACAUGAACAGAAAGGAUCUAUAUGAUAUAUAUAGAUACAUGUAAAAUUGUAGAUGGAUUUCACUGAAAGGCUACCCUUUAAAAGGGCAAAAUAAAAUGAAAAGAAAGGUACGGCACCACACAAUGUGCGCUUUUAUUCUAUUGUAUUGUGGAAAUCAUUCAAUAGGAUUAUUGACUACCUGCUCAGAGGCUACAAAUGGAAGAAACCAUGGAACCAUAAUCCCUGUGCCAUCAUUGAAAAGGCAGAGAAACGGAGAUGAACACCAUGAAAUGGAAACUUCCUAUUGACUGCUGUUAUUGUCACAAAGAAGAAGAAAAAAAAAAAAAGACACUUCUGUUCUUUAGCUGUUUGAAACAUCCGAAGCAAAUACAAAAAAAAAACAACAAUUAAAAAAAAAAAGGUCUUCGCUCCUAAAUAGUAAUCUCGUUGACAGUGUUGACUUUGUAGUGAAGAUUUCCUCUGCUUCCAGUCACCAUGGGAAAAAGACCAUUUUUUUCCCCCUUUCUUUUUACAGACACCAUAACCUGCCAAAUAGGACAUCGUCUGUCCUACCUCAUAUCUCGUAGGUCCUUCUGUACAUAUCAGAUGCAUUUGACAUCGGGACAUCAUCAGUGUAUUCACCAAGUACGUGACUGUUUUCAGUCAGGCAAUGAUGGGGUUAAUAUGAUCGUCCAUUUUGUGUUUUUACAUCAAACGCUUGUUGUGGAUUUGAAUCAUUUAGGAUAUGAAACAUCAUACAUUGAUCCCCUUCAAAUAUCUAGAGAUACAAGAAAUUGUUUAUACUGGUGGGGGGGUUUUGUUUGUUUGUUUGUUUGUUUGUUUGUUUGUUUUUCUCUCAUUAUUAUGGUUAUUAAUUUACGUUUUACAUAGAAGGACCCUGAAUGAUUUAGAUUGUUUGUUUGUUUUUCCACAGUUUCAACUUCUAAGAGCUCAGCAUAGCAUUAAACAAUCACAUUAGGAGGUUGUUUUCAGAAUGGCGUAUUCCAUUGGGACGGUACUGUGUACACAAGCAUAGUGUUAUAAUGAUUCCAGUGGCCACGGCAUUAUUGUUAUUGUAAAAUGGUACUGUUAGCACACUUAAUAAGUGGCUAAAUCACGUAAGAACAGGAGGAUUUUAAAUGUGGUUUGUUUGACUGGACAGAAAGCUAACAGACACUUAUACACAACCCCUAAACAGUGUGUAUCCAUUGGUACUCAUGAUUUCUGCUUUUUUUUUUUUUUUUUUUUUUUUUUUUUUUUUUUAAAGCAACAUGAAGAGCAUAAAACAUCAAAAACAUGUAAAUAUCCAUGUAAGAAAUACGUGUUGGAUUUUAGUGUACAGAAUUUUUUUGUUGAAAAUGAAUUAAGAGCUGUUAAAUCUGGGCCUUUUUAUUUUUUUUCGUUUCUAUUAGAGAGAGACGAUGGGGACUGUGGGAUCCAUCCUUUAGAAUGGUCAUAGUGAUCAGUGCGGCAGAUACUGAACAGACAUGAAAAACCACAGACACCUCCAGCUGUGCUACAUGAUGUGUGUGUGCGUGUGUGUGUGUGUCCUGGCAUGGAGGUCACUUGUGGUUAACAGUGCUCAAUUACACUUUGUCUAGCUCAGCUCACCAGAGACUUCCUCCGCUCCAUAACCUCAGGGUUGACGUACAUCUUUAAUACGUUUAAAACCCCUCGGUACAGCACAGCUAGUCACUUUGACCACACUUCAGUUCACAUAAGCUCAGUUGGCUGAUUCAGUGCUUCGUGUAGAGCGAUGUGAACUGAUUAAUACAGCACAGUGCUCAUCUGGCGCCGAUUUUCUGACCACAGAUGCAUCAGAGCUGCUUUUGCUGUGCAUCUUCAUUUGUCCCCAUUACAUGAAUUGUUCCAUAGGAAGAUCUGCUUAUUGCUUAUCUCUAUUUCUAAUCAUGCUAUAUAUAUAUAUAUAUAUAAUAUAGGCAUGUGAAAAAAUAUAAGUACACCCCAUGGAAAUUGUUGCUCCCUUUAGCAGAGAUAACUUCUUGUAGGCGUUUUGUGUAAUUGUCCACCAGGCUUGCUGGAAUUUCUGACCACUCUUCCAUGCGAUAUUCUUUCAGUUGUGAGGGGUUUCUUGCAUGUACUGCUCGUUUCAAAUCCCCCCACAACAUCUCAAUAGGAUUCAAAUCCGAGCUUUGACUCGGCCAUUCCAUAACCCUGCAUUUCUUCUCUUUGAGCCGUUCCUUGGUGGAUUUGCUCGUGUGCUUAGGAUCAUUAUCCUGUUGAAAGAUCCACUUUCGGUUCAACGUCAACUUUCAGACAGAUGGCCUCACAUUAUCUUCAAGCACUCUUUGAUAUUAUGCAGAAUUCAAAGUUGAAUCAAUGAAUGCAAGCUGUCAGUCUUUGGUCUGCGCCAAACAUGUCUGCUGUUACUGUGGCAAACAGCUCUAUCUUUGAUUCGUCUGUCUAGAACACAUUAUUCCAAAAGGCCUGGUCUUUGCCUAUAUGCUCAUUGGUGAACUGUAGUCCUGCUCUAAUGUUCUUUUUAGACAGCAAAGGCUUUUUCCUGGCACGCCUCCCAUGCAGGUCAAAUCUGUACAAUCUCUUUCUGAUUGUAGAAGCGUGCACUUUGACACCAACAGUAGCAAGACUUACUAUCAGAUCCUGUGAUGAAAUUUUGGGAUUUUUGGAGACUUCUUUAUACAUCAGACGGUCCGCUCUUGGGCUGAAUUUGCAGGGACGGCCGGUCCCGGACCAAUUAUCAAUCGUUUGAAAUCUGCACCAUUUGUAGAUGAUUUUCCUUACAGUGGAAUGAUGUAUUUCAAAUAAUUUGGAGAUCUUUUUAAAUCCCUUGCCAGACUCAUAGGCACCCACAACCUUUUUUUUCUGAAGGCCUUACAGAACUCUUUAGAUCUUGGCAUGAUGACACCCCACACCUUAAUAACAAAGGGCACACCAGACACUGGAUAUGAGAGGGGUAUGAAUAAGACCCGUUCCACCUGCACUCCCUAAACAGGUUCUAAUCACUGGCUCCCACUCUUGAACACCUGAUUCUAAUUUUAUGGAUUUGAAGGAGUGAUAAAUGUGGGGGUGUAUUUACUUCUUCCAUGUGACUGAUCUGUUUUUUGUUCAUUUAAAUUGUGCAAAUUACUACAAAAUGUCAAUUUUAUGUCAUUUGUUAAAGUGCAUCACCUUCAUUAAUCGGCACUGUUUCAAGAGGAUCAAAUGUUUGCUUGUCCAAAUAUGUCAAAAAAAGCCAACAAUUUCCAUGGGGUGUACUUAUUUUUCCACAUGACUGUAUAUAUAUACACUGUAGAUUUUAUCUCCAGAAGGAAUAAGCCGCAGGUUUAAUUCCCUGUCCCGCAUUCGAUCAAUCCCAGUUCACCGUUUUCAUCACUCCUUUUGUCUAUCCAGGCCUCUUUAUUGUUUGUUUGUUUUUUCAAGAAGAGGUUAUUAUUUAUUUAAUAUGUGACCGUCAGGAUUUUGCCCGCAGUGGUUCCAUGAAUCAGCGUGACUAUUUAAUGGGUUGAUGGAUAGCGGCACAGAUUAUUUCUUCCGAACUUUAUGAGAAUCUUCACUGAUGCCACACUUUUGCAACACACUUAACUUCUGCUCCAGUGCUGCAAUAUGUAAUGGCGCCUCAGUCUUCCUAAGAAUAGCACCCCCUUUCUUACUUUCCUUCUUCUUUCUUUCAUUCUCUUGCCUCUGUUUGCAUACCAAAUCACGAUUUGCAUUAGAGAAGAGUGACUGCAUUAUGUUUGGAUUUCAGUUGCAUAGUGAAAGUGAUAGGGAGAAAGUAAUCGAAGACUGUUUGCUGUUGUGAUAAAUCAAUGGAAGUGCAAUGGCACUUCUACGUCUGAAAAUUAAUGCAGCAUUUAUCACCCCAGUUUAAUACUCUUGUAAAAAAAAAAAAAUAAUAAUAAUAAUAAAAAAAAAUGCACUGCUCUUGAAAUUAAGUGAAAUGACAUUUGGAGACUUUCCAAGAGUCAUACAUUCAGUGGCUUAUGGUUUAUGUUCAUUUGCUUAGAAUUGUACUGUUUCAUAGCACAUGAGCAUAAACCAUAAGUUCUCCCUGCACAUAUUUUGAUUGGUAAAAGAAUGUAAUCUAAUAUUUCUCCUUAUCAGACAACAAUAAAACAAAUAUAUAAUCUUAAUGAUCAAGUUUCUAGACAUUUUUACUAAUCGAAAGCCUCAAAUUGUCUUGUGCUUUUGGCAGACAAUUUCUUUCUAGACAUAAAUAAUAAUAAUAAAUCUUUAAAACUAGAAAAGGAACAAAUUAAAUGUUAAUUGUAAUGUUAAUUGUUAAUUCUUCUUAUUUCAAUUAUUUAUUUCUGAGGUGAAAAAAAAAAUGAAAAAAAUCAAUAUUAUCUGCCAAUAUCUACAGUCAAUUUCAGGCUUCAUGUCUAGAAAUAGGAUUCAUAUUUAAAUGUGCUUUAUCGUCUCCAAAUGGGAAAUAUAAGACAACUGAAGUAUAUUUAAGACAUAAUGUCUCAUCAUUUUGUGGUGCUCUUUAAGGUUGAAAAUAUGACCACACGUCAGUAUAGGAUUCUGAUAUCGUUACAGACAGGUUUGAGUUUUGGUUUUUUUCUUUCUAGAAGAUUCUAGCAGGUUGUUAGAUACAUGUGAUUGUGUUAUACAGUGUAUAUUGCCACAUAUAUGGGUGUAACGGUACACCUUAUGUGAGGCUCAAACCACUUUGUAACCACAAACUAAUUUGUGCUCUUUAAGCCAGACAGGGUCUUCAGGAACAGUGUGACAGCACUCUUCUCUAAUAUUUAGUCUUUUAACAUCAGAUUCUUCCAUUUGUAACUUAUCCUGUAUUGGCUCUGCUCUACAUUAUUCACAUCCCUUUAAAGUCCUUUUUUUUUUUUUUUUUUUUUUUUAACUAAACCCAUUAAUCAGCAGAGGAGUCCAUAACCCUUAUUCUCUUUAAAAACUCUUUAGCAACAGUGCUUAUGCUCUAAAAACAGACUCGGUAUUUACACAGGCACAUUGACUCUUAAUGGUACAGAAUAUUUUUCUCCCAUUGUGUUUUUAACUACUAGAGCUCAAGUUUAGAUCUCUGCAGGAGUCCAACCGCUUCAUCCAUCUUUGUUUCAUAUUCUGUCCAUCCCUUGAUUUACCAGAAUGCUAUGUGAACUUCAAAGUUAUAAUAAAUGAGAUGUGAUUGGAAGAGUGUGGAAGAAUAUUAUGCCGAGCGAGUAAGCGAUUCAUAUUGGCCGUUUCAUUGGAUUGUCUCACAGCAGAACCAUAACAUAUAGACGGUGGAGUGUUUUGGUCAUUUGUCAUGCUAGUCAGGCUGAGGCCUCAAUAGUUGAUUGGCAGGAUAUCAUGUGCUCGACUCGAUGGAAUGUGUAUACAAGCUCAACAGCCACAUGACAGAGUGACAUGAGAGUCAUUUAGGUGGUGACUGUUGUGCUGUGUGUACAUCUUAACCGCCAACAAUUCUCCUCUCUCACCACUGGCAAGUUUAAUCACGACUGCCGUGGCACUCUGCUCGGUUUAUAAGCCCUUUUGCUAAAAGCCGAGAGCGACAGCAAGCUGUGUAAGGCAUAUGCUCUCGUUCUCUGCAGAACCAUUCGCCAACUGUGUACCAGUUAUAAAAUGCAAGCGAAAGACCAUUUUGUCUCUGUUACCAUGAGCAGUGAAUGUAAACACAAGAUGUCCCUGGCUCCUUCUGUCACUCUCUCUCUCCCUGGUGCAACCCGUGUCCUCCAAAUAUGGUCCAAAGUGUUCAGGAGAGAAAAUGGCUCCUACAUGCGGAGCCGUUGCCCGUAGCAUAACUGUGCCCUCUAGUGUUUGGAUGGCAAUACUGCAGUCUGGCUGUGAUGGCGCUUCCCUGUGUCUCAGCCCUGAUUCUGCAUACAGGACAGGGAACAAUUCUCCCUCUGACAGGCAGGGAUCACAUAGAGCUCUGUCCACCCUGACCACUGUGACACACACAUGGGAGGUCCUGUUUUCGAUGUAUAAAAUGUACAUUUGACUGUAACCCUGUGAAUGAUGUAACAAUUUCAUUAUUUGUAAUAUUGUUAUUGGUUUAUUUUCUAAAAAUGCAGAAAAAAAAAAGCCCAACUUGACUCUCCUCAUUAAAAGUGAAAUGAGAUCUGU